ACCAGAGCUGGGCGGCCUCCUGCCACGACUCGUUGUCGUCGAUGCCGUUCGUCUUCCUCGCGAAGAAGGACGUUUUGUGCGGGCUUUCCACCAGGCGGUCAAACAGCCACCACUGAUUGGGCUUCCACCCGACGGACUUGUCUACCAUGGUGUAGAACAGGUGGCAAGCGAGCUCAGGAGGAAGAAUAGAGAGGUGCAGCGUGCAAGAAGUAUGCUUGGCGACCAGUUCUGGAGUGGUAAGGGUCAUGGGCGGUAGCUGCGGCGCCUUCUUCUCCGAUGAAGGAGGGGGGCGCAAGACGCUCAUCAGGUCUGCCACAGGCUUCGUGGGAGACGGAGAGCUAGCAGUCGGUCUUGCUAAGCAGGAACGAGGUUUCUUCGCUGAGGCCGAAGCAGAGGGGAGGUCGUCUUCGCUGGCUGAACGUGUAUUCGGGGAUGAAGUCGCAGCGCUAGGGGAAGGGUUGGCCUGACUCAACCAGUCGUUCAUCACAUUUGACUUGCGUUUCCUCUUCUUCGUGCUCGUUGUUCGCUCAUCCUGAGGAUGCCUGGACACGGCUGUAGAAUUGAUCAAGUGGGCUGCGCGCGACGCGUCGCCAUCACAUUCGACCAGUGCGUUCAGUAUGAUCUCGGUGCUUGGUGUUGGUGAGUCGAGAAGGCUAGCAACAACAGCGACCAACACAUCUGUGUCGUUUUGCGAACUCAUAGGUAGGUCUGUAAGCAGGAUGAAGCUUGAGAGGAGAACGCAUCGUUCCCCGAUGAGCGAGGACAAACGCUACGUGACUAUGAUUGCACGUCACAUGGUAGCACACCGAGGCACACCGUCACCCAUCUCGUCCACAGCAUGAACCGGAACGGGCUUCCGCUCGUCUCAACUUGAACCAUCCCGACCUCUUUCAUGACAGAAAGUAAGGAUUUGGAGAGCGCCGUCCCGAAUGCUAUGGCCGGCCCUGCACGCGACGAAGGAAAGGUGCUUGACGAUGAAGCGUUCUUCGUCGUGAAGCUCGGUCCAUCCAAGAUAAGAGCGUCGAAGCCGGGCGUCCUGUUCCUCGCAUUCUGCGCUGCGCUCUACCUGUGGAUCUCGUCCUCGUCCAUCCGACGCACGACACCGACGGUCCCAGCGACGUCCCCGGAAUCCUACGCCCACCUCGCCUCCCACUGCGCAUCCAUCCCACCCAUCUCCGCCGACGAGUUCCACGCGCGCCAGACCGCGCUCGCGCAGACGCUCGCGUCGCUCAACGCGUCCGCCUACAUCGCCGAGCCCGGCGCGAACGCCCAGUUCUUCGGCAACAUCUCCGGCUCGAGCUGGCACCUCUCCGAGCGCCCGCUGCUGCUCAUCGUCCACCCCGCGUUCGACGCUUUCGGCGGCGGCGGCGACGUCCAGCCCAAGAUCACGAUCCUCACCCCUUACUUCGAAGAGACGCGCGCGAAGCUGCUCGAGGUGCCCGCGGCGGACGGCGUGGAGUACGCCGCGUGGCCGGAGGAGGCGGACCCGUACGCGAUCGCCGUCGCCGCGAUCGGGGGCGGCAGCGGGAAGAUCUUCGUCGACGCGUCCAUCCGGCACUUCAUCGUCGACGGCCUGCGCGGCGCCGUCCCGGACUCGGUCGCCGUCGAAUCCGCGCCCUUGGAGAUCCGGUACCUGCGCGAGCGGAAGUCUCCCGCCGAGCUGGAGAUCCUGAAGUGCGUCAACGAGGUCACGGUGCUCGCUAUCCGCGAGGUGCGCGAUAAGAUGUACAUCGACAUCCGCGAGUCGGAGGCGCGGGACAUGAUCCGGGCAGCUCUCGGCGCGGCGGGCCUCCAUGACCUAGACUCUCUCGUGCUCUUUGGAGAAAACGCCGCGCUCCCGCACGGAAGCGGCACCGACCGCGUGCUGGGCAAGAACGACUUUGCCCUCUUCGACUGCGGCGGAGGGUUACACUCGUACUUCAGCGACGUGACGAGGACCUUCGCGCUGAAAGACACGGUCCUGUCCGAGGAGCAACUCGCGCUAUGGAAGCUCGUGCACGCGGCGCAGACGAAGGCGUCGACGUUCAAGAACGGGACCAUCACUCGGGAGGUCGACGAAGCCGCUCGGGCCGUCAUCGAGGACGGCGGGUACGGGAGGUACUUCACGCAUCGGCUCGGACACGGUAUCGGACUCGAGGUCCACGAACAACCCUACCUCCGCGGCGGAAGCUCCGACGUGAUCCAAAUCGGCCACACGUUCUCGAACGAACCCGGGAUCUACGUCGAGGGCAAGGUCGGAGUCCGUCUGGAGGACUGCUUCUACGUUGAUGAGAACGGCGAUUUCACCUUCUUCACCGCCGGCGUCGGAGGCCAAGCGACUUGCCCCUGGUCUCCGUGAACGCGCCGACGGGUGUGAUUGAUAACAUUGGAUGUAGGGUUUACUUUAGGAUAGGGACAAUAUACAGUAGGGGGGUGAUGUUCCAAACUCGGAUAAGGUACAGAAGACCGAAGGGGGGCCUAUAGAUAGGGCUAGAUACAAAGCAAGGUCUACAACGAAAUUCACGAAGCGAAGAAGUUAGUCGUGAGCCCAAAGCGAACAGGUGAGUAGAGCGAAGACAGAGAGGGGGGUAACGAGCGUGGUGGUUAUUCGAGUUCAGGACCUUACAAAGGCAUCUCGUCCGGGGUGGGCGAAGGAAGCGGCACGGACGCAGGGGAGGCUUGCGGCAUGGGAGGGGUGGGCACGCGGAGGGACGGCGAGGAGGAAAUGUCCUCGAUGUGCCCAAAGGUCAUGUCGGGUGCGGCCUGGGGCGCGGCCACUUCGUACGAAGGGUGGCGGAAGAACGGGUUCCUGGUGUGGGUGCGCGAAACCGGCGAGCCGAGAGGACCGUAAGGGCCCCAGGUCCUCGCGACGAGGACGUUUUCC